GUUAUUUCUGAGCUCAGGGCCGAGGAUUAGGCAGGGAGCAGUCCCAGUACGAUGACAGCAUCCAGCUUUUAGCCAAACCCCCCGCACACCACAUCACCAUCAUCAUCUGGCGCGGGAGGAUAUUUUCGAGAAACGGAUUUCGUCUCGUAUAAAAUCUCUCGUCUUUUAGUAGAAAAGAAGGGGGAAGCCUAACCACCAAUCCCCCCCUCCUUAGACUCCCGGUCUCCCGAUCAACCACGAGGUGGUGUAGCUCCAGAUUGGCAUCGGCCCUGAUGAUCGCAACAACCCCUCUCCACCUCUUUUCAACCUACCCAGAGCUGAUGUCUCAGAGGGCGAGGGGGUAUGUUUGUUCCGGAGUCUUGAAGAGACAAGCUACAUCACGAUAAAUGGAGGAGCAGGAGCGAUGCAGGAGCAGGUCUCCGGCUCGGAGGGCCAGUCGGGUGCAGCAGGUGGUGGGGACAAUAAUACGACGCACUCGAGAGUCACUUAGCAGAGAGCGGUUGCUAGGCGAUGGGAGGUCGCAGCGCUCCAACAGUCUGUCCAAUCAGAACUUCCAGGCCAAGCUGACAUUGCAGAUUACCAGGGACCCGGUCCUGGACAGCAGCACUGGACAUGGCUUCACCCUCACCACAAACGCACCCCUGCUGGUCAGGGACAUCGCCACAGGAAGUCCUGCAGAUGGGAUACUAUUCCCAGGGGACCAGGUGCUGCAGAUUAAUGAUACAGCGAUGGAGGAUUUGAGUGAAGAGCAGGUGGAAAAUGUCUUAAGGAACUUGGAGGAUUGUAUCAAUGUGACUAUCCUGCGGCACAUGACAAAUCCCAAGUCAUCCAUUAUGUCAGCAGAGAAGAGAGCUCGUCUGAGGAGUAAUCCAGUUAAAGUGCGCUUUGCAGAGGAGGUGGUGGUCAAUGGGCACACUCAGGGAAACUCUCUUCUCUUCCUGCCCAAUGUUCUGAAAGUCUAUUUAGAGAACGGACAGACCAAGGCUUUCAAGUUCGACAACAACACCACCGUCAAGGACAUUGUUCUGACUCUGAAGGAUAAGCUGUCCAUCCGGGCCAUCGAGUACUUCGCCCUGGUGCUAGAGCAACAGUACAGCAUCACCAAACUGCUGCUACUGCAUGAAGAUGAGCUCAUUCAGAGGGUGGUGCAAAAGAAAGACUCCCACGAUUACAGGUGUCUGUUCAGGGUUUGUUUCAUCCCCAGAGACCCAGGAGACCUACUGCAGGAUGACCCCUCUGCCUUUGAGUACUUCUUUUUACAGAGUGUUGGCGAUGUGCUACGGGAGCGUUUCGCGGUGGAGAUGAAGUGCAACACUGCACUCCGCCUGGCAGCCCUGCACAUGCAUGAGAGACUAGAUAGUUGUGGACAGACCAGAACCUCAGUCAAGAGUAUUACGAAGGAGUUCGGCUUGGACAGCUUCAUCUCUCCUACGCUGCUGGGCAACAUGAGAGAGAAGGACCUGAGGAAAGCCAUUAGCUACCACCUCAAAAAGAUCCAGUCCCUGCUAGAGCCACGCCAGAAGGUAAUAUCUGCCAAUCAGGCUCGUUUGGCCUACCUCACUCAGCUGGGAGAGCUCAUUUCUUAUGGGGGACGGUCGUACACAGCCACAAUGAUGCUUCAGGACAGGGAAGUGCUGGUCACGCUGCUGGUGGGAGCCAAGUAUGGGAUGAGUCAGGUCAUCAACCACAAGCUCAACGUGAUCUCUACGCUGGUUGAGUUCAGCAGCAUCAGCCGAGUGGAGCUGCUCACGGAGUCGGACAAAGUCAGCUUGCUGCGCAUCUCGCUGCAUGACAUGAAGCCAUUUGCCUUACUGAUGGACUCUCUGGCAGCCAAAGACUUAGGGUGUCUGCUGGGAGGCUACUGCAAACUCCUGGUGGAUCCCAAUGUCAACGUCUUCCGUCUGGGGCGCCCAAAAGUGAGGGUGCACCGGAUUCCUGCUGAAGAAGGUUAUGUGUCUCGCUGCUGCAGUGACUCAGACGACUCAACAGACGAGGAUGACCCGAUGGAUUCUCAGAAUUACAAACGCCCAGACCCAGCAAGUCAGGACUGGGAAGAGAGGAGAAGAGAGGAGGAAGAGAAGAGGAGAGAGGAAGAAAGAAAAGAGAGAGAGGAGCACAAAGGCAAACAGGAAGUGAGGAUAAUAGUGACAACAGAAGGUAAAGGAAAUGAGAGUCCAGAUGAAGGAGGAGCAACAGGAAGUGGUCUGCAUAAAUUCAGUGUUAUGGAUGAAGAAAUGAACCUGGACUCUUCCUGGUACCACACUGACCUGCGAGUCACCAGCAGCUUCUCCAGCUUGUCCAGCAGUUCCUUGAGCACUGCACUUGAGGAGAGCAGUGCUGCCAGCAAAUCCAAAUCUCGCCUUCACGGGCCGCACGUAGGCGAGGAUGUUCCGAGUUUUGAUGUUCACCACCCCUACCUCCUGGAGCCAAAACGCCAUCAAGGGCCACGUAGACCCACUAACCUCAAUUACCGUGGGAAUGACAACUCUUGCCUCUGCUUUGCUGACCUCUCCAAGUCUGACUUCCUACCAAGCCCGCCUGGGGCUACCAGUGAUGACGAUGAUGACGAUGAAGAGGAGGAAGAUCGGGGCGCUGAGACACUUAGACGUAUUUCUAAGAUUCCUAGUUCAAGAGAUUUGAGAAUGAUUGACAGCAUACCCUUUCAAAGAUCACCUAUUAAAAGAAAGAAAAAGACCCCUCCCAAAGUCCCAGUAAGAACAAGUUCAAUUCCUGGGAGCAAAGCAGGAAAGGCUGAGAACCGCCUGUCAAAGGAUGAAGACAGCAUGUUUCUGACACCUUCACCCAACCCCAAGCCGAAUCUUUUGGUCAAAGACAAUGUCUCAGACUCUGAGGAUGAGUUUUUCGAUGCACAAGAGAGAUUUACUCCUCCAGUUCCUGAUCUCUCAGAUGCAGAGCUGGCUGACCGACGCAAUGCUAAUCGUUUAAGUGGAACCUGGAACAGUCUUCCAGCUGUCUCGCGGAAAGAGCCGUCAUCUCCACUUGCCAAUAAAAGCCAAUCCUAUAAAGCCAAGAAAGAAGCAGAUACACUUAAAGCCCCUUCGAAUCAACUCAACAACCAGCAAGGCAGUCCUUCAAAGCCAUCACAGAAACCUGAUGUUAAGGUCAAACCACCAUUGGCACCGAAACCACAGCUGCCUCCAAAACCUCAGAUCAUUCCUCCCAAGUCUCCCCAGCAUGGGAGAUCAUAUGCCCAAUGCAAUGGAGAUGCCUCUGGACGUUUGUCGUCGGAACUCCUUGAAAUGGAGCCGGACACCAUGGAGUUCAAGUCGGUCACAUCAGGUGGAUUGCCUAUGUCGUCAUCCUUGAUCACAGCAGUGCGAUAUAGCAAGCAAUCACUAUCACAAGAUGAAGAAAAGACAAAAAGACAGGAAAGCAGCACAAAACAAAGUAAAGAUCUAGAAAAUGGAGCGCGUGCUGUUUCCAAAAAAGAAAAAUACAUUCUUGAUGAAUCGCAAAUUCCUGAAGCUGAGGGGAAAACCAGUGGAACUGACCUGCUAACAAAGAGGCCAGCAAGCCUAACCCCAAUCACUCGCUCUAAUUCAGGAACUAAGCUAACAAUACCCCCUCCAGUGCCUCCCAAACCCACUUCACCAAGCAAUCGUCACCCCUUAUCGCUACCUGCCAGCUCUCCCGUCUCUCCUACUGAUCCAAGCAAAGGGAUCUGUAAGGAUGGCGUCAGUACUCCAAAUGGAAUUCACCCUUGGAGCAGUCGUAAUGGGAGCAUCCAGUCAGGACCUAGAAGGGUCUCUCUGAGCCACGAGAGCCUUUCACCCAAAAAUACAGAUGCACCUCUUACAGUUACCACCUCGCUGACCUCAACCAAUUCUAAAGGGGGCCUAGAAAGCAGAGAAUCUGGAAGAUCUGGUUCAGGAUCUGACCUGAGAACCAGCUCCUCCAGUCUAGGAGGCAGGCUACCUGCCUCAGCCCUGAGAGGGAAGAUUCAGGCCCUUCCUUGGUACAUGACCCGUUCCCAGGAGAUAUUAGGAACUCUGGACUAUCCGUCCACUAGUUCCAUCAAUGGCGACACAUCUGGAUUUGGCUCUGGUUUGUCUGUAGCCAGUGGCUUAUCAGACCUAAACAAAACUCCUGUCAAGGACAAAGAGAGUGUGCCCUCAAAAUCAGGAAUCAAAGGGACCAUUUUAGAUGAUGGAGCUGAAGUUGUCAUAGCAACAAUCAAAGAGGCCCAAGAAUUGUCGGCACACAUGAAAAAGGCCAGUGGAACAAACGGCUCCCACCCUAAUCUAAGUUUUAGAGAAAAUAUUGCACGUAGCAGCAGCGUUUCAUCAGAGCAGCCUCAAUCGCGGUCUCACUCAGCAGUCGGGUUGGGAGGUGUGUCCAGCAUGGAGAUUGGAGGUGACUCACCGACCUCCUCACUGGCAGACAGCACUCCUCCACAGCAACACCGGGAGGCUUGUGGCUGCCGCACUGUUUACGCCAACUGUUUCAGCGGAGACACAGAGGAUGGCGUUAGCUUUGAUGAUGAGCUCACAGUUUAUGAGUUCUCCCGUCGCAUACGCCCCAAACCUGUCCAGCCGGCACCUGCCCCAUCUCCUACAACAACACCCUCUCUCAAACCCAAUAUUCUUUCACUGCUGAGGGACAACCCUCGCCCGCUGUCUACUUUCUCUACGACCUCUUCUGAACUCAGUCCUCUUGUUUCGUGUCCAGUUUCACCCACAACCUCAUUCGGCGGCUCGCUUCGUUCCCUAACUAACAAGAAUUAUGGUGGGCUGAAAGGCGGCUUUGCCUCUCUGCGUCACGAUAUAGAUCAGCUUCUUCUGGUCUUAGAACGAGGUGCACCUGAGCAAACAGAGCAAACAUCAUGCCAAGAUGCAAAGCAAGAUAGCACAAAGUUAAAAGUAGGGCCUGAUCUAAAUCAUAACGGAACCGAAGACAGCCCUGCCCCAGAAGCAAGCCUAAAGUGUAAUAGGAUGACACCUGCUACCAUGACAGAGGCCGAGAGGAGUCUUCUUCAGGCUGAGGCUCGACGGUUAGCAUCUGGAUGUCAACGAGCCACGCGGGUAGGCUGGGCGCCCGAUGAAGCCCUGCGUUCUUUAUCCAAUAGUUUUAGUGCCCUGGUACAGCUGUCGGCAGCCUGUCUGCAAACAAACCCUUGCACUGGUUGUGACAUGUGCCAUAAUACAAAUCUGGUUCAAAAAGUUGAGGACAAUGAUGGCCAAGAGGCCAUGGACAAGCUGAAAGAGAUAGUGGGGCUGUAUCGGGAGUUUGUUGGGGCUGUUGAGACAGCUGGAACUGGCGCUGGGGCAGUGGGUAGGAGCGGGGGCGUCAAUGGGACCGUACAGGGUCAGGGAGAGGGCGACGGGGUAAGGCUGCUAGCCAAACGAUGCACUGUGCUCAUCUCGUCUGUAUUCGCACUCACUCAGCUCUUCCGGACACCCACGGUAGAGCCCUCGGACACACCCGGACAUGUACCUCUAAAAUUUUGA